UGAGAGGGGACUCGAGCAGACAGCAAGAGGCUUAUCACCCAUCCCGUGGCCAGCGCUGUAGGAUUGUAGCUGCCUUUCCUGCAUUUAUUCUCCAUUAUUUGUGCUGUGUAUAUGGAGUGUCAGCCUACUACAGAUCCUUUAUUCUAUUGAUCAGACUCGCUGGUUUCGAUUCAGCCGGUGUAGGGGCACCACCUUCCCCCCCGCACCCAAGCCCCCUCCCCAUCAGAUUCUUCCUCCAGGACUUGUUCUCGGGCUGGAAUGGGUUGCUGCACAGGCCGAUGUACUUUAAUAUUCCUCUGUACUUUACAGCUGCUGGCAGCAUUGGAGAGGCAGGUCUUUGAUUUCCUAGGUUACCAGUGGGCUCCCAUUCUGGCCAACUUCCUUCACAUAAUUGUUGUCAUACUGGGCUUAUUUGGAACAAUUCAAUACAGGCCUCGUUACAUUGUGGUGUACUCUAUCUGGACCGCCUUGUGGGUCGCCUGGAACGUAUUCAUUUUCUGCUUCUAUUUGGAAGUUGGAGGACUCUCAAAGGAUAGUGAUCUGAUGACCUUUAAUAUCUCCAUGCACCGUUCAUGGUGGAGGGAGCAUGGGCCCGGUUGUGUGAGGAAGGAGUUGGCUGCUGCAGCCAGCAAAAGCCUGGAUGAUCGCAUUUAUAUCUCAGUGACAGGCUGCAUUGUUGACUUUCAGUACCUGGAGGUUAUUCACAGCUCCAUCCAAAUACUACUGUCGCUCAUUGGUUUUGUCUAUGCCUGCUAUGUGAUCAGCGUUUUCACUGAGGAAGAGGACAGCUUUGAUUUCAUAGGUGGACUUGAGUCAUACUCCUACCACGCUCCCCAGAAACCCUCCCAUGUACAGUUAACACCUGUUUACCUGUCGAAGUAAAUGACUGACAACAAAUGAUCAUGGAUGGAUAGGCCACCGACGAAGAUGUAUUUCAAACUACAGUUCUGAGAAAAGAGAAAAAGUUUUAGGUGAUAUCAGGUGUGGGCAAGUACACCCACAUAAUACUUCAUUUCUGACCAAAACUCAAGUCAAGGACUAAUUUUUAGGCAUAUCCAAGUUGAUUAUGAAAUACUUGGUUCUGAUUAUUGACUGUAUCUUGUCCUUUGCUGUACUAUAAUGGUAUCUUGUAUGGAACAUCUAGUUAAAGUAUGUACACUGUAGCAAACAGUGAAUUCAGUACAGUCAAGUGAUUUGUUUCAAGUAAAAUCCACUGUGAAACAGAAAAACAUUACAGGACUCGUGCUGAGAGUAAAUCAGUCCCUCUGACAGUAGUAACUGUUUCUCUGUAGAAUAUUUAAAUGAGUCAGUUUUCAACUUGUAUAAAAAUACUUUUUUAUGGAUUUAUGAAGUAUUAAUUCUUAACACAUUUGUAAGAUAACGUUAGCACCCUAGUAUUUUGUAGUGUUGUGAAUGUUAAAAACAUUUUAUGUGAAACACAUUUUAGGCCAUUCUAUGGAUUAUAGACUAGGUGAUUAAAGAAACCUUUUAUUCUCAUUA